AUGGGGGCCUCCAAAGAGCCACCACCCACUCCAACCAGCCUCACAAAGAGACAAGUGAAGCGGAAGGUGGAGAGUCUGACCACUCAGCUCCGGGAGAUGACUGCCCAACGGAAUGAUCUGAGAGAUCGCCUCAUCUUAGUAACCGAAGGAUCCUUGGACAACAGGCCCUACCACAGGCCAAAUCCUUUCUGGGAAAAGCUCAAGAUGGAACAUCAGCAGGUCAUGUCAGACCUGCAGAAGUUUGAGAAGGAAAAUUUGGAGGCCUCACAGAAGCUCAGUGAGCUGACCGAAGAGAAAGUCUUCCUUUGUGAUCUGCAGAGCCUGCUCCUGAUGGAGCAGAGUCAGCUCAAAAAGAAAUUGGAUAUGCUGAGGCAACAGAAGGAGAACCUACUGGAGGAUUGGGUCGUGCUGAAGCACCACUUGGGUGACUUGCAAGUGCUCAGUAAGGAUCAAGAAGAGAUCAGUGACCUCCAGAACCAGCAACAGCAGGACACAAACUUGUAAUGAACAGGAGCAGCAAAGAAUGGAAGAGAGACUCCAGAGCUUGUUGAAGCAGAGGGAGCUGGUCACACAGCAAAAACACCUGGCAAUAAAGCUGCAGCAUCAUUUGAUUGUCUUCCAAUCAAAUGAUGAACCCAGGUUGAAUUUGGGGUAUGGAGAAAAUUGGGUCCCCUGUACCAGGGCUCUCUGUCCUUUGUGGGCUUUUGCUUAUCAGCAAGACUCCCUGUUCCAAGCAUGGGUAGACCAACUCAGAACUCAGAGUAUUAUGCUGGUCCC